AAUGGCAGGCACCUGGAAUAUUGGGGUCAUUUUUACAGAAAGAACAUUGAUAUUUGGCAAAGCAGUCAUCCAGUCUGCAUUUUGUCAUCCCACUGCACAGGACGUCAUAGUGUGAGCAGCAAAUACAGUAUAGAUUGAAUAAAGGGCAGGUAAAUCACAUUUUCACCUGAAAGAUGUGUCCGGAGCAUUUAUUGAGGUAAAUUGGCAAUAUUGCACUUUCUGGGAUUUCAUGGGAAGGUGCUAUGGGGGUGUAGGGAGUGUAGGAGGAGUCAGGGUGUCCUGGAGGGAAUGGUCCCUACAGAAUGCUGACAAUGUGUCUAAUGUGGCAUCCCACUUGAGCUGGUGGAAAUGGUAGUUUAUGAUCCUUUGGAUAUGGAGGGUGGUGGACUGGAAAAUGAGAAUCAGAAAGACCAUACUAUUGUUGAUUAGAUUACCUACUGUGUGGAAACAGGCCCUUUGGCCCAACAAGUCCACACCGCCCCUUGAAGCAUCCCACCCAAACCCAGCGCCAUCCCCAUUCCCCUAUAACCCACAUACCCCUGAACACUACGGGCAAUUUAGCAUGGUCAAUCCACCUAGCCUGCACAUCUUUGGACUGUGGGAAGAAAUCCACGCAGACACGGGGAGAAUGUGCAAACUCCACACAGACAGUCGCCUGAGGCUGGAAUCGAACCCGGGUCCCUGGCACUGUGAGGCUGCAGUGCUAACCACUGAGCCACCGUGCCACCCUAAAGGAGUGAAGAGAGGCAGCUGAGCAUCCUGUUGACCCCAGUGGUGGGGAAUCUUCAGUUGAAGAAAAAUGUGAGCAUUUCUGGGGACUCCUUGCUGAAAGUGUCAUCAUCAGAACAGAUGCAACAAAGAUGGAGAAACUACAAGGGGGAGGAGGCCUUAAAGGAAGCAGGGUGGAUGGAUGUGUAGUCAGAAUAACUGUGGGAGUUGGUGGAUUCUUAAAGGAUAUCAGUAACCAGCGUAUCCCAGAAAUAGCAAUGGAGAUGCCAAGGAAGGAAAAAAAGGAGUCCGAAGUGGACCGGGUAAAGAGAUAGAGUCACGGGGAUGGACCCAAGGAGGAUGGGGAAAAAAGUGUUACAUGUAACCCCCAAAAAGACGGGUUAACUGGGUGCCCGUGGCCACACCUUUGACUUGAAGAAAGUGAGAAAAUGUAUAAAUAACUGCAGUGGUCCUCGCUGAUCAGGAAAGGAAAGCAGCAGGCAAAUUACCUUGGUAACGAUGGUGAAGUAACCAAAACAAGGGAGUGAGACAUCCAUUGUUGAGAGGUGGCAACUGAAAGUUUACUUCUGAGAAUAACAGGAGCAGAGAGAAUUCUCCAGAGGACUGUGUACGUGAUCCCUACAGAAUCUUACCAUUAUGUGUACCUCAGUUGGGUCAAAUGGUUAUCUGUGCAAUGAAUAAGGAUGAAUUCUAUAGACGCCAGGAGUGAAGCAGUGUAAUGUCACUUCAUGACCUUGUAAUGCCAACAUAAGAAUGGAUCUCAAGGAACAGAGGCAGGAGAAAAGGCAAGAAUAUUUUUCUGGUGUGAAAACAAGGUUAAAGAAGAAAUUCAAACAGACUAGAGCCAUCUCUGCGAAGUCUCCAGGGAAUGAAUAUAAAAACAACAAGAUGGCCUCCACCACAAAGGAUGCAGCUGGGUCAAAUUCUGCACCUUGUUCUUCUGUAAUGAAUCCAUCAGGAAGAACACGGAGUUCUGAUUUUCAGCAAUAUUAUUCAAUGGAAAAUCAAACAGAAGAGAAGAAUGUUCGGAAAUUAAUCCACGAGAAACCAGUGGGUACAAUGGAAUACAGAGCAGGAGUGGAGGACACACUGUGUAGCAUAGCCCUGAAGUUCAACAGUACACCAAAUCAACUGGUCCAAUUAAACAAGUUGUAUUCACGAAGUAUUGUUCCAGGGCAGCAGCUGUAUGUUCCUGAUCCAGAACUGAGUGAAGAUAGCCCCAUAUCCUCAAGUCCCAGGCAGUCACAGACUCUUUCUUCAUCGGAUAUGCAGUAUGACAAACCUUUGGAUGCUGUUUCAACAGAAAUGUCCAGUCUACAGUGGUACAGCUCCCAACACUCCAUACCCAGCUGCUUGUCCCCUGUGUGGGAUGAAGUACCCUUUUCUGAAAGAUUCCUGAAAAUCUGUUGCAGAUAUUUUACAGAUGGAAAGGGUGUUAUAAUGGGAAUCCUACUCCUCACUCCAAAAAAGAUAUUUUUUGAUCCAUACAAAUCCCAUCCUCUUGUUGUUGAAAAUGGCUGUGAAGACUAUUUAUUUUCUUGUGACAUGGAGUCACUCAUUUCAGCAAUGUCUCAUAAAGAUGUUUCUCAAAUGAAAGUUUGCAUCUCUUCUCCCUUAAAGAAGGCUUCUGUUCAGUCUCAAACUGGAAGAAAUACUGCUAACAUCUACCGUAGGAAAUCUCAUCCAAUUAGUUUAGUAGCUCCGACCAAACACAAUACCCAAUGUAUGAAGAUGAAAAGAACAGAUUCAGUUCCUGUUGAUCAAGGAACUGAAGCUUCAACAAAAUUUAGCAGCAUAUGCCACUCGUGUCCAGAUUCUCUCAGUCACAUUGAUGAGAAAUCGUCUAAUGAAACUGCAGAUUUGCAGCACAGUGUAACAUGCCAGGAUCUGGAAGAACAUGGUGAAACUGAAUAUAAAGAAACAUUUACUAUUCCAAACAGAACAAAAUGGGGAGGAGAUAAGUUAAUAGCAGAGAAUGAGAAUUAUUGUGAUGAACAAAGCAUAAGAGAAAGAAAAUUUGGACCAAAUGAAGAUUAUCAUGGCAACCAACAUUUAACUCAUGCACUGACAGAGGAGAUGUUACACAAAGAAAUUAAACUAGAGAAACUCUGUAAUGCCAACUGUGACGGAGAUGAUAAAACCGCAGCUUUUUGUGAGAUAAACCUGUUAGAUCAUGGAUAUCCUGAAUAUCCAUGGAGUCACAGUGGAGAAAACACAGAAGGGAAACUGCUUUGCAGUGAACUAUCUAGAUUGAAGAAAGAAGAGGUCUGCUGUGCAAUCAACAAAACCAAAGAUGAUCUGUUUAGUGAGUAUGAUAAACAGAAGAUCCACACAAAGGAUAGAUUACCCAAACUGGCACAGAAGCAUGGGUUGAAACAAGACCUGCAUCACUCAGAAGAUGAGGAAGACAAAUUUCAAUUGAUGUUUUUAUGUCUGAAAGUCAGACUUCCCAAGAAAGGGAGAAAUCUGCUUAAAUUUGGAACAACCACACCUCAGGAUAUGAGCCAGAAUGAACCUGAAGAAUACUGGUUUGCAAUGACCCAGGAAAAAGUGGCUGAAUUACAUGAAUACCUGAAACAUUGGCGACCUGAUAUUUAUUUACCUGAAGCAAUGGGUGACAUGCAAUUCAGUGACUUUGUUCUCCUCGAUGGGAAGUGUGCAUUCCCCUUGAAUGAGAAGUUUUUUGAUGGAGUUUUUGAUGAAUGGGAGAUUAUAUCUGUGGAGGAUGACCCAAUGAAACACUGCAAAGAAAUCUUUGAUUCAGAAUUUGGGAAUAUGGCACCUAUCCUUCAGGGGAAAAGCAACUUACUGGAACCUUUUCAUAUUGACAAGAUUUCAAAAUACUUACCACCUAGAACAGUGGGGCAUCCAUGGCUACUGGCAUACAGCACAUCCCUGCAUGGCUUUAGUCUGAAAACCCUAUACCGCAAAGUGGCCAAUGCUGACUCACCAGUACUACUGGUUUUAAAGGACACAUGUGGUCAGGUGUUUGGUGCUUUAACUUCUCAUCCACCAAGGCCUAGUGAUCGUUUCAAUGGGACAGGAGAAACCUUUCUAUACACCUUCAAUCCUGAUUUUAAGAUCUUCCAAUGGACUGGAAAUAAUUCUUUCUUCACAAAAGGAAGUUCAGACUCACUUGCAAUAGGAGGAGGAAGUGGACACUUUGGUCUAUGGUUGGAUGAAGAUCUCAAUCAUGGAAGAAGCAAUCCUUGUGAAACAUUCAACAACGUUGUACUAUCCAAAAACGAAGAUUUCAAGGUGCAGGAUCUUGAAGUGUGGACAUUCUGAUAACUGUCUAGUCAUGAUCACUAUAUCUAAACAACAUUCUUAAGUCCUGAUUUAAUGCAUGUACUGAGACAGUUUGUAAAGUUGUAGCAAGACAAGUGCAGCAUCAUGUCUGAUAUGGCCUGAGUUUAAGGAAGCUUGCAUGACCUGUAACAACAGUUGCUAACCUGACAGCAGUGAAGCUUUAUAGCCCAAGGCUCCCUUUAAAUUGUACUUUUGUCCAGAGCCAUUUUAGACACUCAUGCAUUGCCAAUGUAAGUGAGGUGUAGUCAUGAAUAAUAUUCAUUUAAUUACUAUCUUGCUGCUAAACUAUUCCAACAUAUCCAUUUAAAGCUACUUGUGCAAUUCUGACAAUCCACGUAUAGGGGAAAGCAAAUUUACCCACAAUCCCAUACAAGUGAAUGAUAUCAGCCAUGGUCCAGACCAAUCUUGCACCAAGUGCUUUUUUUUUGUAUUAACCUGCACACCUAUUGGUGUGAAUGCAUGUUUAUUAUAUGGCCUUAAAUUUUAUGCUGCUAACUUUGAAAACUGGAAUAUAUGCUUAGAGGAUCAAAUAUUUAUUGUUUGUGUAUAUAUCUCUACAUAUGGAGCUCUUUGCUUAAGUUCAUGUUAGAAAUUCAUUAAAAAUCUUGCUAUAAUGGUGAAGAACAAUGUUAAUUAUCAUGACAUCUCAAAAUAUGUCACAGCUUUUAAUUCAUGAAGCAUAGAUGCUCCUGAAAUGAAAAUAAGCUAUUAGCAUU